GAAGGAGGGCGGCCCGAAGGAGUGGCGAGCGGGGAAGGGCUGGAGCCGGGCAGAGAAGGAGAGACAGAGAGAGAGAGAGACACGCCGCCUGCCUCUGCUAGCCAGCCAUCCAGCCAGCCAGCCUGGAAGCCCCUCUUGGCACUCCAAGGAGGAGAGACCCCGCAGGCAGCAUGGCCGUGGCGGUGGGGAGACCCUCGAAUGAUGAUCUCCGGAACCUGUCCCUUUCAGGCCAUGUUGGUUUCGACAGUCUCCCCGAUCAGUUGGUCAACAAGUCAACCUCGCAGGGCUUCUGCUUCAACAUCCUUUGUGUUGGGGAAACCGGCAUUGGCAAAUCGACACUCAUGGACACUCUCUUCAACACAAAGUUCGAAAGUGACCCAGCCACUCACAAUGAACCUGGUGUGCGGUUGAAAGCAAGAAGCUACGAACUUCAGGAGAGCAAUGUCCGUCUGAAGCUGACCAUUGUGGAUACAGUGGGAUUUGGAGACCAGAUCAACAAAGACGACAGUUACAAGCCCAUUGUGGAGUACAUCGAUGCCCAGUUUGAAGCCUACCUUCAGGAGGAGCUGAAGAUCAAGCGCUCCCUGUUUAAUUAUCAUGACUCCCGGAUCCAUGCGUGCUUGUACUUCAUCGCACCCACUGGUCACUCUCUGAAAUCCCUUGAUCUGGUCACCAUGAAGAAGCUGGACAGCAAGGUGAACAUUAUCCCAAUAAUAGCCAAAGCUGAUACCAUUGCAAAAAAUGAGCUGCAUAAAUUCAAGAGCAAAAUCAUGAGUGAGCUGGUCAGCAACGGUGUCCAGAUCUAUCAAUUCCCAACAGAUGAAGAAACGGUGGCUGAAAUUAAUGCUACUAUGAGUGUCCAUCUCCCAUUUGCUGUUGUUGGCAGCACCGAAGAAGUGAAGAUUGGCAACAAGAUGGCCAAAGCCAGACAGUAUCCGUGGGGUGUCGUUCAGGUUGAAAAUGAAAACCACUGUGACUUUGUAAAGUUGCGUGAGAUGCUGAUAAGAGUGAACAUGGAGGAUCUGAGAGAGCAGACUCACAGUCGGCAUUACGAGCUCUAUCGCCGCUGCAAACUUGAAGAGAUGGGAUUCAAAGACACAGACCCGGACAGCAAACCAUUCAGUCUUCAAGAGACCUAUGAAGCUAAGAGGAAUGAAUUCCUGGGUGAACUCCAGAAAAAAGAAGAAGAAAUGAGGCAAAUGUUUGUCAUGCGGGUGAAGGAGAAAGAAGCCGAGCUCAAAGAGGCAGAAAAAGACCUUCAUGAGAAGUUUGAACACCUAAAGAGGACUCACCAAGAAGAGAAGAAGAAAGUAGAGGACAAGAAAAAGGACCUUGAGGAGGAACUGGGCAACUUCCAGAAGAAGAAAGCAGCAGCUCAGCUAUUACAGUCACAGGGCCAACAGGCUGGCUCCCAACAAACCAAGAAAGACAAGGACAAGAAAAAAAUCUUUUCCUUUCUGAUACAUUCCAAGGGAUGGCGGCCGCUGUUUGCCCUCUGACUCCUGGAACACUUUUCUCUGCGGCCGAUGUACUGCCAGCUUCCCCUCUGUUCCUGGCUAGGUAGUCUCCUGUUUCUUAACUUCUUAAGGCACUCUUUUAACAUGGCACUCAUCACCUGAGUUUCUGCCCACCUUUCACAUUGCAACCUCGCUUGCUCCUGCCAACCACUCAGAUGCCUAUUUCCUUUCCUUGCCCUUUGCUGUAAAUUAACACAAAGGCUGGUCUGCAAGGGGCUUUGACCAUCCACCGCCUAAACAUGGUUCUUAUGGAGAUAACAAAGUGGCUAGAAACUCCCCAUAUAAAGGAACAACAAAGUGCUGGUUUUGUGCUGUGCAGAUGGGGCCACCACAAAGCAGUUAACCUGAAAUCCUCUUAGCCACAAAUAAAUUAACCCUUAAAUGCUCUUAGCCUAAUGUUGAAGGAGCCAGUUUUCCAGCCAUGUACUUCUGCAGCUUAUUGUGCAAAUCUAUGUUCAAGUUUUCCAGAGCUUGAAUGCUUGUGCAGUGUGCUUCCACUAGCGUUGUCUGUGCGUGUCCUAUUUUCAAUGGGCUUUCGUGCCUCCCUGCUAAUGUUGUUUCUUCCUCCUUAGUUUAAGAGAACCUUGAGAGAUGUUCCAGGUGUUUAUUUGGUUGUGCCCAGUUCCCACAUUAAUUCUGUUGAGGGACUAUCAGUGGUUCUCAACCUUUGGCUUUCCAGGUGUUUUGGACUUCAACUCCCAUAAAUCAAAGCCAGCUUACCAGCUGUUUGGAAUUGUGGGAGCUGAAGUCCAAAACACCUGGAGGCCCAAAGUUUGGGAACCACUGGUAGAUGAUGCAGGUUGAUAUCCAUGCAUCAUCUGGAGGGUAUCUGGUUGAAAAAGGUCACUGUUGACUUUGAAAUGCAUCUCUCAUUUGGCCCUCUCUCUCUUCUGUAUUAAUUUAUCUUUCUUUCUGGCCCAUUAAGCUAAAAGAGACAGAAAUAUGGUUUUAGACAAAGGAAGAAAUCUCCACAAUUCCAUCCCUCAUAAAUAGGAAAUUCAAAAACUAGUUAUCCAAUCCCUUGUUAUACCAGAAUGUGAAUGCUGUUAUGAGCAUUGUUCAGUUGCAAGGUUAGUAUACAUAGAUCCCAUCUAUCCUGUCAUAUAAUCUGGAUUCAGAAACAAGAUUAUAUGGCAGUGUGGAUUCAGCCAAAGAAAGCAUCCACAAUUGGAUGCAGGUUCCAUUGUAUUAGAGUUGCACCUUCAGUUCUGGAUCCUGUGAUGCAUUCAUGGAAGAUGAUGGAUCCUCAAGGUUGGAUGAAGGCCCUUCUUUGUUGCCACAGAGCCACGUUUAAGUCACUUCCUUGCUUUUAAGUCACUCCCUGGACCAUGUUUAGUUUGCUUACUACUGCACUUGCUUUUCCUUUUCGUAUCUGUGCCUUUCUUCACAGUAAUCCUUGGCUCUGCACGGAAUAAUGUCUCUCCUCAAAGCUUUUGGAUGUGCUUUCACCCUUUGCAUGUAAGUAUUUCUGCAACAGACCUUCUGUCCACUUUCUGAACGAAGCGAGAGGGCUGUUUUGCACAUAGGGGUGCUUGCCAUGUGCAGGGGCGCAGAGGUGUUCUUACACUACUAUGAUUGACUCAUAAUCAGACAGAACAAGUUAAAGGGAUUAGCAGAUUUUCAACAUUAUUGGAAAUCAGCAGGACUACUGAGUUACAAUCAACAAAUUCUAUUGCUUUUAAUGCACAGUUAGGUGCUCUAAGGUUUAAGGUUGCUCACUUGUACGUAUGCUUUGUUGAAUUGAAUUUCCACAAGUGUGGUUGGAAUGGUAAAUUGUGCCCACUAAUUAUAAACACAAUUGGGAAGUCAGUCCCAUUGAAGUUUCAAGUGUAGGUUGUCUAAUCCUACAUUCCUCCAUUCAAAAAUCCCAACUGGUUCAUUGGAGAUUACUUCUAAACAAGUUUAGGGUCCAAGAAUGCAAUUCUAAGCAUAUGUACAAGGGAUAUCUUGAAAUUACAGAUUGAGUUUCUCUUAUCCAAAAUGUUUGGGACCAGAAGUGUUUGAGAUCAGUGUUUUUUAAAAAACAAACAAACAUUGGAAUGCCUAUGUGCAUAGGUAAUGAGAUACACCUUAUAUAUAUAUAGCCUGAAGGUAAUUUUAAAUAAUUUUGUGGAUGAAACAAAGCCUGUGUCCACUGAACCAUCAGAAAGCAGAAGGUAUCACUAUCUCACCCACCCAUAUAGUCAAUUUUGGAGGAUUUCAGAAUUUCAGAUUAGGGAUGCUCAGUCUGCAUAACCUUUUCAAUCUACAAUCCUCCAUGAAGAUUCUGAUAUUCCAAAAAAUAUAUAACUUUUCCAAAUGAGUCUCACUGAAGGACUGAUUGUGCAGUUAAUAUGAUUUCCAAAUGGGUUUCAUUACUUGCUAGCAUUUCCCAUUAGUUUCUUAGUGAUGUUUGAUAUUUGGAUUUUGAUCACAACAUAAGCUUUCACUGGUGGUUGUUACCCAAAAGUGGCUUAGUGAUCCCAACUUAGUGAUCCCCGACUUAUUUUAAAUAUGCAUGUGGUUUUUUAAAAAAAUUCCUAUUUCAUGUAUGUUUAAUUGUAUGGUUCCUUUCUUUAGAGACUGGACAGUUUUUUUAACUUCAUUUAACCCUUUCUAUGUCAGGUCAGCUAUUCCCAUAGUCCCCUGUCCAGUGUUUGGUAGAUAAUAUAAUCAGUAGAUAAAUAAUGAUGUGCCUGGUCUUAAGUUGUGAUUUUGGUCCAUUUGAUACAAUCCAAAUAGUUUGAUGAGUCACAUAUUUAGACAGAAAUCCUUCAUAGGAAAAAUAAUUAGAAAAUGAUAUUUACCCAGCUAUUUGAGGGUGAAGCUUGUGGAAGUACAUCAUCAGUGACUUUGUAAGUACAGUAGACUCUCGCUUAUCCGACAUAAAUGGGCCAGGAGAAUGUUGGAUAAACGAAAAUGUCGAAUAAUACGGAGUCUCCUACUCUUAGCCGUCUGACGUGGCACUAGGCACCUAGAAUACUAACAAUAGGGACUCAAAGGAUUAAGGCAAGGCAAUACCUCAGAGCAAGAGUGGCCCAGCAAGAAGUGCCCAGAUACAGAA